UCAUGUAAAUAUUCUACGGUGGAACGAAUAAAAAGACGGACCUUUGGCCGCCCCUGUUUUAAAUGGCUAAACAAUGACAAUCAACGUUGUAAUUGAAGUUUACAGGAAAGAAACGAGGCAACGUGACACGGUUCUUGUGAAUUCCGUGGACGCGGGCCCACUCGCGCCCUCUCCAGUGGGGAGUGGGCGCGGUUGCCACGGCGACAACAGCACAACUUCAGCUGGCGCUCCGCCACCGGAGCGGCCGACAUGUUGCCUGCGAGGAAGUCCAAAAUGUCCAAAAGGAUGGUGCAAAACCUCGCGGAAAACAUUUGCAAGCAAGUGGCCCACUUCAAUAAAAAAGAGGCGCAGGGCCUUAUCAGGGAGUUCCAUUUUUUACUGGACGAGCAGGCGACUCCUGCGAGGUCAGUGGGCGGCUUGGACAGAUGGAGGUUGAGAAGCUUUCUGCACGACACCUUUGGACUCACGAACGACACCAUCAUGGAUGCAGGUGGCACGGUGGGUCAGCUGCUAAGGCGUUGGCCUCAGAGUUCGGAGGUCCCGGGUUCAAUCCCUGCCUGUGUGGAGUGUGCAUCUUCUCCCCGUGCCUGCGUGGGUUUCCUCCGGUGUUCCGGACAUUUGACAAAGACAACGACGGAUUUGUCGGCUUGAGAGAGUGGAUCGAGGGACUCGCGAUCGUUCUUCGUGGAACCUUGGACGAGAGAAUAAAAUACUGCUUCCACGUGUACGACUUAAACGCGGACAAGUACAUCAGCAGGGAGGAGAUGUUGCAAAUGCUGAGGUACAGCCUGAGGCUACCUGGAGAGGAGGAUCCUUACGACGGGAUCAAGGACCUGGUGGAGAUCACACUCAAGAGGAUGGACCACGACCACGACGACAGGCUGUCUUUGGACGACUUUGAGAAGUCCGUGAAAGCGAUGAAUCACAUGCUGGAAGCCUUUGGAAAUUGCCUCCCCAACACCACAAGGAUUGAGACUUUUGAGCAGCGCGUAUUUCAGAGUCCCGUACACUGGUGAUGCUGCCGUGCAAAUAUUAUAGAUAUGUUACUAUAUCUAUCCAUGCAACUUGAAUUCAUUUACCUCAGCGCUUCUUAAUCAUUCACACUCAACAUUCACAGCUUCAGACAAUUUCAUGUGCACGUUUUCUCGGA